AUGUGUUUUUCAUUUGUGUUCCAGAGCAACUUGACCACUUCUGGCUGUGGAACAGAGCGUCUGUGUGCGGCUGAGCCCAGCGGCUGUGACCCUGCGUCUGGAUCCUGCUUUCACACCAGCGUGAAGAGAAUUGGUGGUUUCAACCACAACUUUGGGUUGGCCGGAGAAAGUGACGGUUACUUGGCCUGUGCUCUGGGGCCACCAAAUGGAGGAACGCAGACGGUGUAUGUGUGUGUUAACAGAAAUGGCAUAGUUACUUUCCGCAGCGUUUCACUCGCAAAUGGAGUUUUUACAAAUAUCCAGACACCGGUGACAAACGUGAAAGCCAAGGUGACCGGCAGAAGGAUCCAGUGUGAAUUUUCAGCCACAAUCCCCAAUGCAACAUCAACAAACAGAGCAGCAGACUCUACGUACACACUGAGCGUGCUGACUGGAUCUGUUGCGGGGUGGGUGUGGGGGGGGAUAAAUGGAGGUUGGUUAGGGUUGAUUUGUGAGGGUGUUAGGGUUGUGGGGUAUUGGGUGUUUGUGAGGUUAUGGGGGGGUGUGGGGGGGGUUGUAAUGGGGGGUGGGGGGGGUGGGGGGGUUGUGGGGUGGUGGUUGGGUGUGGUAGGGGGUUAG